UAAUUGCACACAGAAGUCUGGUGGAAGGUCAGAACACAUCGAAGUGAAGCUCAGGUGAUUUCAGAGAGGAACCAAGAUUCUGAUCCCAAGUUGUAAUUCCUGAUUCCUUAUUGUGUUUUUACCGUUGCAUGGUUCUUCUCAGGUUGAGGUGGAGACAAAAGAGUAAUCAGUCAAGAGGGAAAAGAUCAAUGACGUCACAGUGUAGCACAAUCACAUCACAAAGUCUGUUUAGUGGUUGUUCAUGAGUUUCAAUCAGAUCACGCGAUCUUCCUCAGGAGAUGGAGUUUACCCCGCUCUCAUGGAAGUGUAGAUGUUCAAAAUGAGCAGUGGAGCAGCUUCAGUUUUCUAACCACCAAUUCUCACUGUCUCGUCUCUGUCUGUCCAGACGGCCACCGACAGCUCGUCCAACUCGUCCCAGAAGAGAGAGCCAACAAUGCACACACUGGCCCCGCCCAACUUCUGCGAGACCCGUCGACACCACUGCAUCCUGGGACAUUUCUACGAACAGCACCGGCCCUCGGAUCACUACUUUCUGGAGCAGGCGGUGCACAUGUUCCCUCGUCACGUCAGCUUCCAGGUGGAGGAGGAAGAGAUCGUACGCAUCAACCCCCGCGAGCGUACCUGGUUCACCGGCUACGAGGACUACCGCCACGCCAACUCCACGCGUGACAAACUCUCCCAGCCCGACAACCUAGACGCCUAUGUUCACUUCGCCAAGAGCGAGCCGCCCAAACAUGACUACACCUACCCGUACCCGCUGAGCUGCGACAUGCAGCGAGGCUGCGAUGGCAAACCCGGCUGCCUGGAGCUGGGCAGCGGCCACAGAGCCGUGGUGACGGUGCAGCCGCUAGCUCUACAGCCCAAAGGCAAGAGGCGAAAGGAGGACGGUGAGCGCUCGCGCUGUGUUUACUGUCAGGACAUGUUCAACCAUGAGGACAAUUGGCGGGGCCGCUGCCAGGAAGCACCUGACCCCAUUCAGACCUGCAUCAGGCGGGUCAGCUUCAUGUGGUGCGCAGACAGCCUGCUGUAUCACUGCAUGUCGGACCCGGAGGGAGAUUACUCGGACCCGUGCUCCUGUGACACAAGCGACGAGCGCUUCUGCCUGCGCUGGGCGGCGCUGGUGGGUCUGUCGCUGUUGGCGCCCUGCAUGUGCUGCUACGCCCCCCUCAGGGCGUGCUACCAUUGCGGCGUAGCCUGCCACUGCUGCGGUGGGAAACACAAAGCUGUGGGCUGAGUCGUCACAGGCCUCGCCCUCCUCACAGAGACAGCAAGGACUCAUGGGAGCAGGCGGGAAACAGAGGCUGCUGUGAUUUUUACAUUGUUGUUGUUCUCGUCUCUGAUUUCCAGAAAGAGCAAAAGAAGAACUUUGUCUCAACAGAUGGAAAAAAAGUUUCCUGAUGUUUUCUGUUUGUCUUUUAUGACAUUGGGGAUCAAAAGGCUUCCAAUUCUCACAAAGACGUAAAAAAAUUCAUAUAUAUAUAUAUAUAUAUAUAUAUAUAUAUAUAUAUAUAUAUAUAUAUAUAAGGUACUUUAUAUUUUACACUCAUGUGUUUUAAAGGCUUGAAUAUAUGAUAAGCGUUGUGUGAGGUCAGUAUGAAUGUUUGUAGAGGGAACUGUAGUUCACUGACACAGUGCAAAACAUUUUCACCUAACAAAACAUUUUAGGGUGCUCAUAAUAAUCAUUUCAAAAAACAAAUCAAGUGUCGGGAGAUAAUUUCACCUUAAGGGGUUAGUUUAAUA